UUGAAUUUUUUCCAAAACAGGAAGCUGUCGUCCUGUGCUCUGUUUAGCUGUAGAAAUGUUCAUUUCGCUUCAGUGAAGGUCCAAGCUUGUAGCUUAAACCACUAAGCCACUUUUCAGGAAACAGAUACUGUAUCAACCCAAUAUUCAGUUCUUAUUUCUAUAGCCAUGGAAGACGACAUACAAGAGGAAGUCCUUUCACAGUUCAAAGAGAGGGGACUGGGCGGCUGGCAGAUCCUGCAGCUGACGGCGGGCACGGGUUUGGCGGUCUAUGCCGUCUGGGCAGGGAUCCUCAUGCCGGGGUUUCGCCGAGUUCCUCUCAAAUUACAGGUGCCGUAUAUGCCAGCGAGCAGAGCUCAAGUGAGUAACGUCAUGACUCUCUUGAAGGGCCGAUCUGGAGGCAUCGCUGACCUGGGCUCAGGCGAUGGCAGGAUUGUGUUAGAAGCGUGUCGUCAGGGUUUUUCUCCAGCAGUUGGUUAUGAGCUCAAUCCCUGGCUCGCUCGUCUUGCAUGUUUUCAUGCGUGGAGAGCUGGACAACACAGAAGUGUUUCAUAUCGGCGAGAAGAUCUGUGGAAGGUUGAUCUCUCCACAUAUAAAAAUGUCACAGUAUUUUUAGCCCCUAGUGUGUUAAGUCUUUUACAAAAGAAGUUACUGGCCGAGCUGCCUGAAGAUGCUAUGAUUGUGGCGGGACGUUUUCCGUUUCCUGAUUGGACGGCGUGUAAAGUAGAGGGUGAAGGUGUGGACAGAGCGUGGGCCUAUCACAUACAAGAACUGAGACACCGCUUCCACUCACAAGAUAAACAUGAGAAAACCAGCUGAGAAACAUUUUAAAUCUCUGCUUUCUUAUUAUUGUAUAUUCAUUUUAUGUAAUUAUAUAGUUUAGAAUGUUUUUAAAAGAUUUAAGCUAUUUAAUCGUGUUUUUAAAUGUGCUCUCAUUCUUAAGUUAAACAAAACACAAGAUGUUGAAAACAAAGCUGCUGUCUGUGGGGGUUCCUUGAACCCGUGGAUCACUUCCUGUUUCAUAAUGUGACCUAGAUAAUGUUAUGUGUACAAUAUUUCUCUUUUACAGAAAAAAAGGAAAUAAACCACAUUUAUUUUGA